AUGGGUGCAAGUGAAAGUGCCGUCAUUAAUGUCAAUUUCAAUAGAUCAAAUGCAUUCUAUUAUGCCGGCGAAAAAUUAACCGGAAAUGUAUCAUUUCAAAAUAUACAAAAUAAACUCAAAAUUGAAGAAAUUCUUCUCGAACUAAUUGGCGAACUUGGCUAUCCAACACAACAGAUUCGAUGGCGUCGCGAUACGAAAGGGCGUUCACAUAAAGAACCGUACACUGAUUGUCAUCGUGUAACAUUUCUAAAAGUUCCCGUCUCAAUAGUGCGAUCCGUUCAUAGACAGAAGAAAUUGACUCUUCGUGAGAGUUCAUAUUCAAUACCAUUUGAACUUUCGUUACCUGAUUGUUUACCUCCGACUUUAAUUUCGUCUUCACCUGAACAUCCCUAUGUGAAAUACUACACUCGUCUCACGUUUGACAAACCAUGGUCUUCAUUGGAUACUAUACCAACUUAUUCUCUUAUAAUAUGUCCACGUGUUCACCUGUUUCACAUGGGAAAUGCCGACGCACCAGUAGAAUUUACUAAUCACAAUCGUAAAAAGAUUCAAUUAAACGGUUCUAUUCUUCGUGGUGGUAUCCUGCCAGGCCAAAAUCUGUCGAUUCAACUCGAUCUGACAAACCCAAAACAGCAUCAAAUUAAAAGAAUAGAAGCAACAUUCAUUCAACAUCGGCAAAUUGCCAACAUUCGGGAUCAACAAAUUAUAUUUAAUUGCAAUUUACCAGGUAUAUAUCAAUUUCAAGAGCCAAUCUUAAAACAGGUAUUUGAUUUAAGUCUCCCCACUACAUAUUUACCACCGACUUAUGAAUUCACUACAACACAUAAUAAUUCUUCGUUUGGUAUUUUCAUUCAUUAUGAACUUAUACUAGCUGUGAAAACGGUCGGUAUUUUCUCUGAUUUUCAAGUUAGCGUUCCAGUCAUGGUUGGUACAGAGUCCUUGUCGGACAGACCACAACAGCAACAAUUUAGUGAUCAGUUUUCAAAAUCUGCCAUGGUUGAAUCUAUUUUAGAUCAAAAUGGUUCGCCACCAAGUUAUGAAAUGGCAAUGCGAAACGAACUUAAAUAA